GGCCCCAGACGGGCGGUCAUGGCCUCCUGCCGCCCGGUCGCCAAAAAGCUGGUCCGCUCGCCCAGCGGGCUCCGCAUGGUCCCCGAGCACCGGGCCUUCGGGAGCCCCUUCGGGCUGGACGAGCCCCAGUGGGUGCCGGACAAACAGUGUCCAAGAUGUAUGCAGUGUGAAACCAAGUUUGACUUCAUAACCAGAAAGCACCACUGCCGGCGCUGCGGGAAGUGCUUCUGCGACCGCUGCUGUAGCAAGAAAGUGGCGCUGCCGCGGAUGUGCUUCGUGGACCCCGUUCGCCAGUGCUCCGAGUGCGCGAUCGUGUCCCAGAAGGAAGCGGAGUUCUACAACAAGCAGCUCAAAGUGCUCACCAACGGAGCCACCUUCUUCGUAACCCUAGGGACGUCUGAGAAAUCUGAAGUGAUGGUCUGUCGCCUCUCCAACAAUCAGAGAUAUCUCUUUCUGGAUGGAGACCGCCACUAUGAAAUUGAAAUUGCGCAGAUAUCGAGUGUUCAGAUUCUCACGGAGGGGCUCACUCCCGGAGAAAACGAUAUUCCCACUUAUACCAGCCUCCUGGGAAGCCAACACAUUACGGAAGGAGGCAACAGCCGAGCCAGCGGGAUGCUCCUCCAGUACAAGGUGCCAGGGGCCGAGGGGGUGACCCAAGCCAAGUUCACGCCCCACGACGAUUCCAAUUCCACCAAGAAGCUGUCGGCGACGUGGCUCGCAGCCAUGUACAAGGCGGCCAAACUCCUCUACGAAUCGCGGGACCAGUAACAGCACCAGGCGACCGGAGGCUGGAGCGUCCGGCGGAGACGGCCGCUGCGCCCGGGGGCGUCGGGGGCUCCGGGCAACAACCGCUGUGGGCGCAGGGCCCUGCGCUGGGGGCAACCCACGCGUUGACUUAUCUAGUGCAAUACGGCUACAGUUUAUUAACGCUUUCGACCUAGCUGCACUCGGAAAGCUGUCUUAUCCUGUCGGUACUUCCUCUGGCUGGGGUAGAGAGAACUCCAUCCACACUACUGUCGGUUUCUUUGUUAACAUGGGUCCGCCUCUGGUGGGUAACUCGGCGGGCUCGGUCCACGGGGCCGGCACCUCACUUCUAAGGCCGUGCAUUCCUCUUCUGAAGCGGGAGCCUCGGGGAGCGGGGUGGGUGAACUCGCAUCCAGGACGCCUGUGUUUUCCGGGCCCCCCAGCCUUAGACUGUUUUGUAGACUGCCCUCUCUCACCAGACCACGGCCUGGGCGAGGGACGUUUUUGAUACUCCGGUGACCGGCGUUUUCCAGGUUUUCUAUUUUUUCACUUGUAUCUCACCUGGCGCAAAUGGUUGCGUAGCAGUCGAUGUGUCUAAAAAGCUUGUGAUUAAAAACUCUAUUUUGAAAA